GGGGUAACUCUCAUUGGCUUUUUGUCAUUACAUCUGGUCAGCAGGGUCAUUGCACAGAGCAAUUCCAGCUGAAGAAAAAGACCUCUGUUUUUUUUCAUCGGCAUUUUCUCAAACACCUUAUCUUCUGGGUCUCUCCAGCUCCAAAAAUGGAAGAGGAAAGCGCCAGUCCUCCGCACGGCCGCAACUUGUCUCGCAAGGUGGUGGCGGUGGCCGCCGGCGAAGCACACACUCUGGCUCUCACCGCCGAUGGGUUUGUGUAUUCGUGGGGAAGAGGCAUGUUUGGGCGGCUCGGGACCGGUUCGGAAUCCGACGAGCUCUUCCCUGUCCGAAUCAAGUUCAAUGAUCCUCGCAGCGCAAAAGGGACGGGGCUCAAAUUAGUGGGAGUUGCCGCCGGUGCCUACCACAGUCUUGCUCUUGCUGAUGAUGGAUCGGUUUGGUGCUGGGGUUACAACAUCUAUGGCCAACUUGGUGUAAACGGAGAAAAUUCUUUGGUGCCCUGCUUGCUGGAGCAGUUUCUUGAUGUGGGAUCCGCAACAGAGAGUGAAGUGCCACUUAAGGUUUGUUCUGUUAAAGCUGGAGGAAUGAUGUCCCUAGCAAUUGAUAAUCUAGGUACCCUUUGGGUGUGGGGAAAUUUCCCACACGAAAGCAGCAGCAAUGAAGGUGGGUUCUCUCUGGUGAGCGGUUUUACCCCAACUCCUGUUUGGGAUUUCCAUGGCCACGUUGUUGUGAAGGUGGCAUGUGGAAAUGAGCACGUUGUGGCCCUGGUUUCUGCCGAAGAAACAUAUAAAGGUGAAGAUCUUGUUUGCUUCUCUUGGGGCGGUAACAGCCAUGGCCAGUUAGGCCUGGGGGAUAAAGAGAGCAGGAGUCGUCCCCAAAUAGUAGAACCUUUUGAUCACGACUCCCCCUUCGCAGUUUAUGAGGUAGCAUGCGGGGCUUUUCACACGGCUUUGCUCACCCACAAAAAAAGGCCAAGUGACACAUUUGAAAGCAUGUGCUGGACUUUUGGCCUCGGAGAAAAUGGGCAGCUCGGGCAUGGAACCACCCAAAGUGGAUUGUCUCCUGAACCUGUGAAAGAAUUGCCGCAGUACGUAUAUCUGGUGUCUGUUGACUGUGGCUUAUUUCACACUAGUGUUGUUUCGUCUGCGGGAGAUGUGUGGUCGUGGGGAAUGGAGAAGGGUCUUGGCCUAUGCCCAGAUGCUAGUUUUAGUGGGAAUGAUUCGGGGGAUGCCGUUUCUCCCCUACAGAUUAAUGAAUUGAAUGGCGCAAAAUUUCAGGAUCCAAUCCAAGUUGUCUGUGGGGCUGCCCAUACGGUUGUUGUUGCAAAUGAUGGAUUUAAGCUUUGGUCAUGGGGGAGAGGAAGGAGUGGGGUUCUUGGAAAUGGUAAGACAAUUGACUGUUAUUCUCCUGCUGUUGUCUUGUGGCCUCCGCUUGCAGAUGAUUUCAAGCAAGAAGAAUUAAAUACUGUCGAUAAGAAAAAGCCUCUUGAUGACGGAGAUAACACUGGUGAAAGAAAUUUGACAGGAGACGGCAAAGAAGAGAAAAGGUUGUCUUUGGCAAUGGAAGAGAUGAAGCUUCUGCAGUCAAAACUUUCAGUCAUGGAAAAGUAUACUGGCAUACUUCAUGGUUCAAUAUUCGGAAAACCUUUUAAAGAGCAGGAUAUUCCAGUCUCGUUGCAGAACUCGGGUACUUAUGACAUUGCAAGGGAAUGGGAGAACAUGUUAGAGUCAGCAGAUCGGGCCAAUCUCGUCAGGCUGGAAAAGUUCUACCGGAACAUGCUUGCUGGUGUUAAAGACAAGUUAAUGAAGAGAAAGAUUCAAGAGAUGAUAAAGGAAUGUCACGGUUCUUCUUCGAUAAAUCCAAGUGUGUAAUUCCAAUAUGUGAAAUACAAAGGCAAUACAAAUAUGUUUGAAUUUGUAAUACAAAUCUCUUUGUAGUUUGUUCAGAAACUUUGCCCGGUUGGUUUUCCCAAGUGCUUGAUACGUGAUGUAAAGUGAGAGUUUGAUUAGAAAAUAAAGAGAUUAUAUGUAAUUGUGGGGAACAAUCCAUAUUAUUUUUAAAUUUUGAAUAAAGAUAUUGGGGAUCAUGCAUUUGUCAGCA